AUGACAUUAGGACGUUUGUUAAUACCAGUAAGGUCAAGUAUACCUGGGUCCAAUCCUGCUAAACUGAGUGUUCUGACCUACAAUAUGCUCUCACCCUACUAUAUGUGGCCUCAAGUCUAUACGUAUGUCCCAGAUGAGUACAAGAAAUGGAAUUACAGACACAAGCUGCUGCAAAAAGAAAUUCUGGGACUCUACAGAGCAGAUAUUAUGUGCUUACAAGAAUUGACAUCACUUGAUUAUCAGCAGUACUGGAAUAAGGUUUUAAUGGAGAAAUAUAACUAUGGUUCGAAAUAUAUUGCCAAACCGCCGCCAAAAUAUUGGGAGAGAUCUCUUAGUGAGAUGGAUGGCGUUGGUGUCUUUUACGAUCUCAACAAAUUCGACUACAUCUCAUCGACAGGUAUUUAUUUGAAUGAUCUUUUUGGUACAUUCGAUUUAAAGGAGCAGAAUUAUUUGGAGCAUAAAAUGUUACAGCUAACUGAUGGACAGGGAAACCCCAUGGAGAAAAUGACACUUUCUGAUGUUCUCAAGGGCCGUAAUCAAGUGUGCAUGUUUGUUUCCUUGAGACACAAGGCUACAAAUACUUUCCUAAUUGUUAUCAACACCCAUUUAUAUUGGAAAUACGAUGAAGUUAAAUUGGCCCAAUGUAUGAUUAUUAUGAGACGAUUGAGUAAAAUAAUUAAAGACCUACUGAUUGGUGUACAGGAUACGACCUACAACAAGGUUAAAAUAAUCUUUGCAGGUGAUAUGAAUUCAUCAAGAGACUCUUUGGUGGUCAAAUUCCUCAAGGGUGAUCCUGUGAGUCAUGAAAAUUUGAAGUUAAUCAACCCAAUGCGACCCUAUCUAAACAGGGUUCUGUACGACAACAUUCCAGAGGAUUUGUUUGUCCAUACAUGCUUCUCAGGUAAAUUAAAGGGAAUUUUCGACUACAUCUGUUAUCAUAGCGAUGAUUUGGCUCCGAGGAAGGUUUUGGGAGUAUCUGAUGAUUUAAAGAUUGAUCCAGAAAUGGGAUUACCAAAUGCAUCACAUCCAAGCGAUCACAUCCCAAUCAUGAUGGAAUUCCAACUACUAUAG